GGAGGUUCCCGCGCCCGCUCUCUCCCCAUCGCGGGCCUCACCGCCCAGCGAAGCCUUGGGGCUUUAAGGGGCGUGGCUUUCUCCUAGCGUGUGUCUGCGUCAUCAUCGUGCGCCGCCGGCCCAAUCUCCACGUGGGUUCGGUGAGAACUCGGAAGAAUUCCAGCGUCAUGGCGGGAGCGGAGGCCCUGCAGCCUCAGAAGCGCUACUACCGGCAACGCGCCCAUUCCAAUCCCAUGGCGGACCAUACCCUGCACUACCCUGUGAAGCCAGAGGAGAUGGACUGGUCUGAGCUAUACCCAGAGUUCUUUGCUCCACUCACUCAAAAUCAGAGCCACGACGACCCAAAGGAUAAGAAAGAAAAGAGAACGGAGGCCCAAGUGGAGUUUGCAGACAUAGGCUGUGGCUAUGGUGGCCUGUUAGUGGAACUGUCACCACUGUUCCCAGACACCCUGAUUCUGGGUCUUGAAAUUCGCGUGAAGGUCUCAGACUAUGUACAGGACCGAAUUCGUGCUCUACGUGCAGCUCCUGGAGGUGGUUUCCAGAACAUUGCCUGUCUCCGUAGUAAUGCCAUGAAACACCUUCCUAAUUUCUUCCGCAAGGGCCAGCUGACAAAGAUGUUCUUCCUCUUCCCUGACCCACACUUCAAGCGGACAAAGCACAAGUGGCGAAUCAUCAGUCCCACACUGCUGGCAGAAUAUGCUUACGUGCUGAGAGUUGGGGGGCUGGUAUAUACCAUAACCGAUGUGCUGGAGCUCCACCACUGGAUGUGCACCCAUUUUGAGGGGCACCCCCUGUUUGAGCGUGUGCCUCUGGAGGAAUUGAGUGAAGACCCCAUUGUGGGACAUCUAGGCACUUCAACUGAGGAAGGAAAGAAAGUUCUGCGCAAUGGAGGAAAGAAUUUCCCAGCCAUCUUCCGAAGAAUACAGGAUCCUAUUCUACAGGCAGUGACCCCCCAAUCCCACCCUGCCUAAUCACUGACUGUUUACCCUGCCUUAGGUGUCCCAUUUUCCAGGGAUUGGAAAAAAAGGUCAAGCCCCACCCCACUCUCCAGGCCUUCCCAAAUGACACUAUAGCUAGAAGGCUGUAUCUCUCUAAAAAGUUAGGGUGCUACGUGGUUCACACCUGCCCUAUCUCCUCUUACCUUCUUGUCUCCUCACUGCCAGCACAAAGCAAAAGAAGCUUGACAAGAAGGCCAAAGGACUUUGGAUCAGAGAGAAUCUUUGGAAGAGUGUGAGGUCAUGCUCUCCCUUAGAACUCCCUUCACGUGUGGGGUUUCUCCUCAGCUGGCUUGAGGAAUGCAGUGCCCCACCAUCUAAACUGUCUGCUUGGCUCAAA